AAUAACCUCAUUGUUCUUAUCGACGAAUCUUUCACUUCAUGUGUAUUCGCACCAGAUUCACCCUUCAAGAGUUUUCUCAGCUAUAGAAGCCGAUUAGAGAGGCCAGAGAAUGUCAUGUAUUUUUGGAGUCUCAGCAAAGAUUUUGGCGUACCGGGCCUGAAGAUAUCCGUGGUCCACACACCAUACCCAAAGCUAGCUCAGUCUCUGGCCACGCUCGAGCUCAUCCAUCCCGUGUCUGGUUUGGCACAUGAUGUUGCGACAACAAUUCUAUCCGAUUUUGACUGGCUGCGGAAAUUUAACGAGAUCAAGCUGACCAGGUUAUCAGCCCACUACAAAUUUGUGGAGAGCCAACUUCGCGAAAUGGGCUUGCCGUUUUCUCCAGCUGUAGCUGGUUGCUUCGUCAUGAUCGAUUUCAGGAAGGUAAAUUAUUAUUUUAACAGAACAAAAAACUUUCUUAUAAAACGAAGUAAGUGA